CAAAUAUGUCAAAGCAGUUACAAAGAAGUAGCAUAAACACCCAACUGAUACUCGCUGACCGACAGACCCCUUUAGAUUAUUGAGCACUUUCUAAACAGUUGUGUGACAUGUGUCCACACACUCUACUAAAGUUCUGACUAUUCGAAAAUUGUUCAAAACCUUAGGACAACAAACUCCAGUACGCCAAAAUAAAAUGAAAUGCUAUAGAACAUUUUUCAGUAUAGUUCUUUAUCAUCACCAACUUAAAAAUAUGUUUGUUGGCUUAAAAAUUACAAUUUAAAAAAUUAAAUUACUUUGUAUUUUCGUCGAGAUCAAGUGUAUAUAACCCAUUAAAUUAUUCAAAGUACGAUUAAAUGGGGAUAAAGUGAAUGCUUCCGAUCGAAAAUGUUCUCUGCAUAGUUCUUAUUCAUUGAUACGAGUUUCAAGCGAAAUAAACUCGAAUUACCAGAUCAAAAAAAGAGAAAACAUAAAUAAGACAGUUCAAGACUAUAAAAGCGCCACCCACCACAGUCGGAAGUUAUAAAUGGAAAAUAAGCAUGGGUACUUAUCCACAGACCUUGAAACUGAUGUUCCUGUCAUGUCUGGCCAUCGCGUUAUUGGUACCUCCAGGUGCAACUGGAGUCGGCCAAGAAGACAUACCAAUUUCUGUUGGGCUGCUACAUCGCAGCAAGCGGUCCAUGACUACAAUCUGUGUGAAGAUUACGCCAGGUGGUUUAAAGAAUGAGCCUUAUUAUAUGUGCCGGGAUGAUAACUUUGGUGGCGAAAAUGGGCAGCAAAAUUGUGUGGAGGUUAGGAACCAAGGCGGUCAGGGAGAGCCGUUCUAUAUGUGCCGAGGACCCAACCCAGGACUUUCGCCAGCUAUAAACUCGCAUUACGCCAUACAACAUGAUUCCGUUCACAACUUUCCGUCGGUUCCCGCCUUUGAAGUCGGGUCAACUCCUCAGCAGGCAGUCUCAGAAGAUCACAUUCAACAGGAGCAGCCAGCAGGUUCGACAUCAUAUCAGAAGAAGCCCCACCAUCCCCCUCUUCCUCAGCAGCAACAGCCCCACGCCCAUUACAGAUUCUACGGAAACCACUUGGCUGCCCCUUCGUCUGCACCUUCAGCGCCGUCGUAUGGCUUGCCAACAUUUUCUCAACCAAUUGUGGACAGCCCGCCAGCAGCUUCACCAGGAAUUUCAACUGGACCUGGCGCAGCGGCCACGACCCAUUCACAUAGUUCUGCGGAACCUACAAGGUCGUCGAACCACCCAAACAAUAAGGAAAUGGUCGGGCAUCAAUUUAAUUGCAAAAGCGAUGUGCUGGCCGUGCCGACUUUGCGGUUUCAGCAGGACGAGCUCAACCAAGAACUGUGCAGACCAGAAAACCAGCCGUAUCCUGAGGAUCAGUUGAUGUGGGUAUCUCUGUCACAUACGCAGGGACCCGAAAAUGAUCCGGUUAUGAAAGCUUUUUACAGAAGUUUUACAAGCGCGGAAGCCAUGGCACCAGCUGAUAACAAACCGGCAUCUGUUCCUUUAGAACCGAUAAGUAAAAUGGCGUCUGGAUACAGUGCUUUCGAUAGUCAAUACCCAGGAGCUUCAGCUCGAGAAACGCUGUCAUCUCCUCCUUCAACAUACUCUCAAGUUAAGCUUUCACCUGCCCCCAACCAACACUGCAGUGGACAUAGUGCCUCUGUACCCCCUUUUCAAUGCCUAACGCAGCGGAAUGUCGGUUUGAGCCUCAAAACCUCCUGUCCAAAUUUCCAGCCAGUUAUUAUAACCAUGCCUUGCUACGGGCAACGGCAGCCGACACCCUACGUUGCUAUGCCGAGAACCCCACCUGGAACAGUUAGAAGUCAAACCAAGGCCAUUCCCUUUGGUCUUGAUAAGGGUCCUGUGGUAAGUCCUUUCGGAGGUGGCUUUGGGUUGGGUACCCAGUUUGGAAGUCUCUUUGGAAUGAAUCCUCAGACAGGAACCCAGGAAUAUGACAUGGAACACCAGGUGGGUGGUCCAUUCGGCAUUGGAAGGCAAUUUGGCAUGGGUUUAAACCCUUUUGGCCCAUUUGGAGCCACUAACCCUUUUAAUCCCUUUAACAGAAUCCUAGGAGCGCCGGCUUCCAAUGUUCCAGCGCCCAAUCUCUUUCAGCAGGUACUCAAAUUUAAGCAGAGCGAUGAAAUCAGUUCGACCACAGAAGCAGCACCGCACUCUAAAGCGUACACCGAAAGAUCAGAGAAGCUGAACUAUUCUAAUAGCACUCCGACGCCUUUCACCUCAGAGCACCCCAAUCCCGUUUUUGGCACGCACCAGGAAAGUUCCGAGGAUGAAGACUCUCAUGAAGAUAAAAAGGCGGUGACCACAUCCAUCCCAGCAUCAGAGGCCGUAGACUCCGCCCCUGAGAUUUCGGACAUCCUAAGCAAGGCCGCCAGUCUUCUAAAGCCCGAUAAACGCAAGCGGCUCAACAACCGCUCCAUCGGCCGCGUCUCACAAAGUCACAAAUACUUGCAGCAGUUGUAGCCCCUUUAUUUGAAAAUGAUUAAAGUUUAAUUUAUCUUAAAAAAA